AUGGUUUGGUUUUCGCAAUCUGUUCCGCGCCAUUCGUUUUUCAUGUGGCUAUUGGUUAAGAAGAAAUUGAAGACGCAAGAUAUUAUGGCUAGGUGGUUCUCUUCGGGUAAUAUGAACUUCAACUUGAUGUGCUGUUCUCUGUGUACUUCGGGGCCGGAUUCCCACGAGCAUUUAUUCUUUGAGUGCUCGUACAGUACUCGGGUAUGGACGGGUGUUAAGGAAAUAGCGGGUUUAAAUGAAGUAACUAAUUCUUGGGAAAGCAUCUAUAAUCAUCUAGUGCAACUCCGGGGAUCGAAGAACGCUAAGCAUGUGAUUGGCAAGUUGGUAGUGAGUGCAGCGGGAUACUUCGUAUGGCAGGAAAGGAAUGCUCGAUUGUUUUCUCCAAAGAAAAGAAGUGCUGAUCGGCUUACGGAAAUUAUUUUAGCUACCGUAAGGAUGAAGCUUCAGACGAUGUGGUUUAAAAGAACUAAUCAAGUGGAUAGUAUUUUACAAGAAUGGAGUCUUCCGCGUGGGCUUGUGGUUGAAGACGACGAUUGUGGCUAA